UUCCUGACGACGGUUGCUGCGCGCGGCCGUGGAGUGGGCAUCGUCAUGGGCGAGACGUAUCUGCAGUUUGCGCCGAAGUUGGGCUACAAAUACUCCGUCUUUAACCUGGUCUUUGAGAACAAUGUUGCAUCGGUCAAGAUCUGGGAGCGACUGGGUUUCAAGAUCAUUGGUCGCGUGCCUGGGGCAGCGCGGCUGGCGAAUAGUGAGGAGUUGGUGGAUGCGUUGAUCAUUGGGAGGGAUUUGGUUUAG